AUGGGGCACAAAGGAAUGUCGAUGACAGUCCUGCUAUGCGGCUUUGCUUUCUUUAUUGUAAUGCUGCACUCCGCCUAUGGAGAAGUGAGCUUUUCUUUUCCAGAGGAGAUGAAACGCGGAUCUGUUAUUGGAAAUAUAGCUAAGGAUCUCGGGUUGGAUACGAGCAGACUGCCCGCUCGUAAGGCCCGAAUUGUUACCGAAGGGAAUCACGAACGGUAUUGUGACAUUAAUCUGAAUACGGGAGAUUUGACUAUAGCUGAAAGGAUUGACAGAGAUGGGCUUUGUGGCAAAAAGGCUUCGUGCGUAUUAAAACAGGAACUUGUGCUUGAAGAUCCGUUGGAGCUUCACCGUAUUAGUCUUCAUGUCCAAGAUAUAAAUGAUAAUUCCCCACAGUUUAAAAAGGAUAUUAUCAAAAUGGAAAUUAGUGAAUCAGCAGUCAAAGGUGUUCGUUUUUCUCUAGAUGAGGCCCAUGACGCUGACAUAGGACAGAAUACGGUUCAGAGCUAUACACUACAAAGAAAUGAACAUUUUAUUUUGAAUGUCAAAACCAAAAGUGGUGGACGCAAAUACAGCGAGUUAGUGUUAGACAAAGAACUAGACCGCGAGGGGCACCAUGAAAUCAAGAUAUUACUGACAGCGAUGGACGGAGGCUCUCCGCAGAGAUCAGGUACUGUAGUCAUACACGUCACUGUGCUGGAUGCUAACGAUAACGCCCCAGUGUUUAGCCAGGCCGUCUAUAAAGCCAGUCUGCCUGAAAACUCUCCUUUAGAUACUGUAGUGGUUACAGUGAGUGCUACGGAUGCUGAUGAGGGAUUGAAUGGUGAAGUUACAUAUGAAUUCGAUGAUGUUUCAGAUGAAAAUAGCAAAGUAUUUAAUCUAGAUCAUACGAAUGGAAAAAUUACAGUUGUUGGUCCAAUAGAUUAUGAAAAGGAGUCUUCAUAUGAAAUGCAGAUCAGCGCAAAGGACGGUUUGGGGUUAUUAUCCUACUCUACAUUGAUAAUAGAAAUCACUGAUGCUAAUGACAACGCCCCUGUGAUUUAUAUACAAUCUCUGACGAACCCCAUACCUGAGGACGCGUCACCUGGUACAGAGGUGGGCAUCGUUAACGUGCAGGAUAGAGACUCUGAGAAUAACCGACAGGUCCGCUGCUCCAUUCAGCAAAACGUUCCCUUUAAGCUGGUGCCAUCCAUCAAAAACUACUAUUCUCUGGUGACGAUGGGCGAACUGGACCGGGAACUAGUGUCUGAUUACAAUAUUACAAUCACUGCCACAGACGAGGGCUCUCCACCUCUGUCCUCCUCUAAAAGUGUUCAGUUAUCUGUAGCUGACGUCAACGACAACCCACCUGUGUUUGAGGAACAGUCCUAUAAAGCCCACGUGACUGAAAAUAACAAACCCGGUUCCUCCGUGUGUUCUGUUACUGCACGGGACCCAGACUGGAGACAGAACGGAACAUUGAUUUAUUCUCUCUUACCUGGUGAGGUGAACGGUGUCCCUGUGUCCUCGUUUGUAUCCGUUAAUGGAGAAACGGGGGUGAUCCACGCUGUGAGGUCGUUUGAUUAUGAACAGUUCAGGAGUUUUAAAGUCCACGUGGUGGCCAGAGACAACGGUUCUCCUCCACUCAGCAGCAACGUCACGGUCAGUGUGUUUAUAACGGAUGUGAAUGACAACUCUCCUCAGAUACUAUACCCCGCCCCGGAGGGGAACUCCUUCAUGACGGAGCUGGUCCCCAAAGCUGCGCACGGGGGCUCUCUGGUUUCCAAGGUGAUAGCGGUGGACGCGGACUCUGGCCAGAACGCCUGGCUGUCCUAUCAUAUAGUCAAAUCCACUGAUCCGGGACUUUUCAUUAUUGGGCUCCACAGCGGAGAGAUCAGGACACAACGGGACAUUUCUGAAUCUGACAGCAUGAAACAGAACCUCAUUGUGUCAGUGAAAGAUAACGGACAGCCCUCUCUCUCUGCCACCUGUACCAUGUAUUUAGUGAUUUCUGAUAACUUGGCUGAGGUGCCAGAACUGAAAGAUGUCUCUUAUGAUGAGAACAAUUCCAAACUCACCUCUUAUCUGAUCAUCGCGCUGGUGUCCGUCUCCACCUUUUUCCUCGCCUUCAUUAUUGUCAUCCUGGCUGUGAGGUUUUGCCGCAGGAGAAAGCCUAGACUGUUGGUUGACGGAGCGGUCGCCAUUCCCAGCGCGUAUCUCCCUCCCAACUACGCAGAGGGGGAUGGAGUGGGAACUCUCCGCAGCACCUACAAUUAUGAUGCAUACCUGACGACGGGUUCGCGCACAAGUGACUUCAAGUUCGUCACAUCUUACAGUGACAACACGCUGCCCGUGGAUCAGACUCUGAGAAAAACUCCAUCAGACUUUGCUGAAGAAUUUGACAACUCCGAUAGGUCCCCUCCAGAGCUAGACCAAACUUAA